AUGAUGGAAGUUGACGAAGACGACAUACUGCGUACUGUCGCAACCGGCGGCUUGAUGGACUACUCCGUCUGGCCAGCGCUUCUUGCACGAAUCGUGUCACGAAUCGACAAGAUCGCGCAUGAGGAAUUCCCUAUACCGCAGCUGCCCACGCCGCCAGCCAGCGUGAUCCCGUCUUCCAUUCCGAACCCCGCCAACCAAUCCGACUCGGAGGACACGGAAAACUUCCUGGCGCCCCUUCCCUCGUCACCCAUCGAACCCGAGAGCACGACUUCUUCCCAAGACGCAAAUAAGGAAAACACUCCCAUCGCGCCACGCAUCAGCGCUGCGCCUACAUCAGCACCCACUGCCGUCGCAGCGCCACUCGCCCCGGGCGCUCUACCUCGGCAGAUCGCCGCUCUCUUGGCCGAGAUAACGACGACACUGACGUCGACGUUUCCUACAUACCCACCACACACCAUCCAACGGCUAGCCGAGCUUGUGCUGACGCCCAAACACCACUACCGAACCCUCCCAACGUAUCUACAUGCCCUGGAUCGCGUCGUCCAUGUCACGUCAGGUCUCAAUGUCUACCCGCUGCCACCCGCAAUCCCUGAUGCUUCGACCGGCACCUUGCUCUCCAAUGGCAUCUCGGAAGCACCCGCCCCUUCGCCCUUCGCCACGCCUGGCAGCGACGAGGCGCUUGGCGGGGCUCUGCUCACCCCUAUCCCGUGGCUACAACACGCAUCACAAUCGCAGAACCUUGCAGGUUCACCACAGGCCCAAUCGGACGGUUCGCCCUCGUCCGAUCGCCCACCCACACAUGUUAGCAGCAGUAAUGGAGGCGGUGACAAUCCCGAGGGUGAACUGCGGACCGAGAGCACCGAGACCAUCGAUGGCCCCAACGGCAUGGGCAGCAUCGAGACUGUAACCGUCACUGUUAAUGGUGUGCCUUCAAUGGGAGCACGGGGCGUUGGUGUCACGCAAGGGGAACUUUUACGACAAGAGCAGCGAGCUGGGGUCGUUCCCAUGAGCCAGUUGACGGCAAGCCAUCACAUGAUGCAUGCUGCCCAACAACGAACCUCUCCAAUGCCCCCUAACACUGAAGGUGCGGCUGCGUCAGAGAGGGAGGAGACGGCCGGUGGAACGGGGGUACGUGACGAUGCAGUAGCAGAUGCUACACCAGCAGACCCAAGUGUCGAAGAAGACGAGAGACCCCAUGCCCGCGGACCAGAGGAAAUCGGACCGGAAGAUACCGGUCCCCAAACUGAGAGCAGUAGCAACACCAACUACGUGGGGGGUCCAGGGAUUGAGAUGCAGGGCAUUGAUGUCGAAGCAGCCGUUGGCCGAAAAGCUGCCAACUCACCUGAGGCAACAAAGAAAGAUGAUGCGGCCGACAGAAUGGAGGGCUUGGAGGCGACCAAGUCUCUCAGCGAGAGAACGCGAUCCUUGACGCCUAAAAGGGAGGCUGAGGACGAGCUCGAGGGACCAACCAAGAAGUUGAAAGAGGAUGUUGAUAUGGAUGUGGACACGGCUACGGCGGGGAAAACUGCUGCGGGAGGGCUAGAAGGCAAGGGAUCCAAUGAUGAAGCAAAGGAAGGCGUCGACAAAGAGGAGCUGGAUGUGUAG